AAAGUAUGGAAAAAUCCAAGAGCCACCUUUAGGACGCCUACUUGUUUUAAACAGAUUUGUUUAAAACAAUAUAAGUAGGAUAGAUCUUAUAGACGCUUCUUCUAAUUGUUUUUUGUUUUUGUUUCUAAGGUAUUUCUUCCAGAGGAUCAACAACUGCUAUCGUUUUGGUUUGGUAACUGGAGAAAGUUCGUUUAUAAUAUCCGUUGAACAGGGCUAAUUAUCGUACAAAUGGUUUCAGAGAAAUUUGAUUUGAAAUUUCGACAAAUUGCUUCUGAGCGGCUCUUAAACUAUGAAGUGAAAAAAUGGGUCAACGAUGCCACUGGCUUUACAGUCGCGUGUGUCAAUACUCCCACUACAAGAGUCAAUGGUUCGUUUGUUGUAGCUACCGAAGCUCACGACAAUUCUGGAUGUCCUCACACUCUAGAGCAUCUGUGUUUCAUGGGUAGUAAAAAGUAUCCUAUGAAUGGCAUCCUAACAAAUUUUGCUGGAAGAGCCUGUGGUGAUAUAAAUGCAUAUACCGAUGUUGACUGUACCGUUUAUGAAUUAUCAUCAGCUGAGCAAGACGGGUUUUUAAGACUACUUCCAGUUUUUGCUGAUCAUGUGUUAUUUCCUUUGCUUAGCGAGGAGGCAUUCUGCACAGAAGUGUAUCAUACGAAUCAGUUUGGAGAGGAAUCAGGAGUUGUGUAUUCCGAAAUGCAGGAUUCGCAAACUUCUGAAGUUGAUGUUAUGUUUGACUGUAUCCGAACGAAUCAGUAUCCUCCCUCCAGCGGCUAUUUUUACGAGACAGGAGGACACCCCGAUGAACUUCGUAAGCUAUCUAUUCAACAAAUUCGUGAUUACCACAAAGCAAUGUAUGUUCCUAGCAAUAUCUGUCUCGUAGUUGCUGGCUCCAUCGAGGAAAAUCGCCUUCUUGAGAUUUCUUCAUCAAUUGUUAGAGAUAUCAUUGAUAAUGACUUAAAGACGCCUGAGGACUGGACGCGACCUUGGUCUCAAAAAGACGAUAAUACUCGAAUCACCAAUUCCAUAGUCAAAAGCGUGAACUUUUCUUCAGAAGAUGAAUCUACAGGUUCCCUCUCAAUUGCGUGGAACGGUCCUCCUUUAAUGGAUCAAUUCAAAAUCUUCGCUAUACAGACAAUUAGUGAUUUUCUCAGCGAAUCAGCGGUGUCUCCCCUUAAACAGGCUUUUGUCGAAAUAGAGGAUCCAUUCUGCUCUUUUAUAUACUUUUACGUUUUCCCUAAAGACCCUUGCUCGAUUCAGUUAUUUCUUGACAGCGUUCCUGUUGAGAAGAUCGAUGGUUUGGUUGAGAAGGUUCUAUCCCUUUUAUCAAGCAUCGAAACCAUUGACAUGGAUAGACUUCGUGACUACCUAGAUACUCAAAAAAAUCAAUACCUAACCGCCCUAGAGGUGUCUCCUCGCAUUUUAUUUACCAAGAUCCUUACCCUUGAUCAUGUUUAUGGUAGCAGGGAUGGAUCAGAUAUUUCAAAAUUUAUGGAAGGUUUAUCCUAUAAUGAAGAAUUGAAGAAAUGGUCUGAAAAGGAUUGGGUAGAUCUCAUCCGGUCUACUUUUAUCGAAAACCAUUCAAUUUCGGUCUUGGCGUUGCCGUCAUAUGAAAUGGCUGAAAGAGUAAAACAGGAAACAAACAAAACCUUGACCGACAGGGUGAACUCUCUUGGUAAAGAAGGUUUGGAGGCUUUAGGGCGUAAUCUUGCCUGUGCAAAGGCGAAGAAUGAGCAAAAACUUCCCUAUAAUUUGGUCUCCUCUUUCAAAAUAACAGAUCCUAGUCAAAUAUGCUUUUACAAUUCCACAACUGCUAAAACGAAAUGGUCAGGACAAUCUUUUGAAAAUGACGUUCAAAAAUAUAUUGAUUCCGACGGAAAAGAGCUUCCUCUAUAUGUACAGUUUGAUCAUAUAGAUUCAUCGUUUAUUAGCAUAGUUACAUAUUUCGACACCGCUGAUAUCCCACCUGCUUUAAAGCAAUAUCUUUCCGUGUUUGCUAAAUACAUACAAGCAGCUCCUGCAGAACUAGAAAAUGUAGGUUUCAUUUCUCACGAAGAAGUUGUAAAGCGACUUGAACGGGAUGUCGUGCUUUUUGAUGCAUCUUUGCUCUAUGAUAAAGCUUCUUGUUCAUAUUCUUACUAUGAGACGAAGCGAGAGUUAUUUUAUUUAGAAUGUCGGGUAACUAGAGAGAAUUACCAAAAGGGUAUUUAUUGGAUUGGAACAUUAUUGACUGCUACUGUAUGGGACAAGAAUAGGUUACUUUCUAUUAUAAAUCAAUUGUUGGCCGAUAUUCCGUAUCAAAAGAGGGAUGCUGAGUAUGUUCUGCCUUCCUAUGUUGACAUUAGGUUGUACAAUGAGAACUCUUUGAAGUAUUCUUUGAAUACAUUAAGCCAAGAAAAAGUUCUCCGUGAACUCCGUCAAAAGCUCAGCGAUAAUGCUUCCGAAGUUUUUUCUGCUUUUGAUGAUUUGAGAAACCAUUUGUUGCAAUCUAUGUGCCCUCGCGUUCAUGUGAUAGGUGAUAUACUAGGAACGAACGAUGCUGCCUCUUCAUGGACCAACUUUGUAUCUCAGAUUCUUCGAAACAAACCCUUCGACUCUCAGUUGUCUUCUUCUCCUUCCUUUUCUAGACUCUAUUUACAAGAGAAUGAAUUUAAAUCUCCAAGCUCUCUCACUAUUAUACCUAUGCCUUCUAAUGAAAGCAGUGAUUUAGUUGUUGCCAUUCCUGGUAUAAAAAGCUGGAAUGAUCCGGAUCUCCCCAUCAUAGUUUUGAUUGCAAAUUACUUGGGUUUAAUGGACGGUCCUUUUUGGAACAGAAUCCGUGGUUCUGGUUUAGCAUACGGAUUCAAUAUGGGAAUAGACAUUGACGGAGGGUUAUUAUUUUACUCUAUUUUGACUUCUUCUGAUGUUUACAGAGCUUGGUCAUCAAGCAAAGAUCUAUUAAAUUCAAUCAUUUCUGGAAAGGUAUCAGUUAACAGCUUUGACUUGGAGUCGGCAAAGUGUAUGGCAUACAGUACAGUUUCAGAACUUGAAAAUAAUGCCUUUUACUCCGCUAAAAACUCAUUUACUUUGCUUUCGAUUAAAGAUUUAGGAAAAGAAUGGGAUCGCCUAUUCUUGGAAAGGAUUGCCGCUGUUACGAUUGAUGAAUUUAUGGAAAACCUUAAAAAGUACUGUUUGCCUUUCUUUUCUCCAAACAACGAUUUCGCUGUUAUCACCUCUUCACUCUCAAGACUAGACCAGACCGUUUCUGAGUUCCAAUCUGAAGGAUUUGAUGUUACGGUGAAAAGUAUUCAUGAAGUUCAAGGUUUAGACCCUAGUUCUGAAGAUGAAGAAUCUGAAGAUGAUGCUGAGACUAUGUCUGCAUCUUCUGAUGAAGAGAAAUAAAUAUGUAUAUUCUGUCUUGAUGGCUAUGUUUCUCUGAAGUAAUCAAAAAUAAAAAAUGUUUAUUUAUUCAUUUAUCGAAUAUAUUUUACAGAAUAAAUUUAGGAUAUUGAGUUCUUUUUACAGAUGUUUGUGGGGUUAAGCGUAGCUUAUUCUUAUAAGAUAAUUAUAGUAGCGAUGCGAG